GAUAUAAACAUAAUUUGCAACAAAUCUAAGCUCAUAAUAUUUUCGAUUUUCAACGAGUUUAGUAUUUUUACAAUAAUAUUGCGAUAAAAUAUUUUUCUAAAAUAAAUAGAAAAUGUUGAAGUUAUUUUAUUUGACAAUUUUCGUCUGUUUAUUUAAAUCGACAUAUUCGUCAGUAAAUAGUGAAGUGCCAUGUCCACGACUAGAACUCGAACUUGAGGAUGGAAAAAGAGAAAUAAAAGAUGUCGACGCCUUCAUUCCACUGGUGGAUGAUAUGAAAGCAUCUAAAGAAAACGGUACUUACUACCAUUUAUUUGGAGAUGAGGGUGAUGAAAAAAGUAUAAUGUAUUACGUUCGUUGUAAGGAACCGGAGAUACAUUUAACGAUGUCAGACUUGGCUGAAUUAACUAAUAAGCUCCUUAUGCUCAGGGAAGCUGAUCGUUCAUUAUUUCAUUUCGCUGUUAAUAAUUGUCCGAAUUUCCUCGGCAAUUUUAAGACAUAUGUACUCAAGUCAAAGAUACAACUCUGUUACUUUCCUCCAGAUUCAUUGUAAUAUUUUAUAAUUACAGAGAAUUAUUUUGUAAAUAUAUUUUGUAAGUUAUAAGAAAUAAAAAUAACAUAAUUUGGUUGAAACUAGA